CAAGAAAGCUGUUACUUUUAUUAAAGAGUUUCUGCUCAAGUUACCUGAUGAUGAAGCGUGUUCUGAACUACGUGAUAGCCUUAAUUUGUCAUUGCUUCAUAUGAAGAAAUAUUUUAAAACAGUUUGGCUACAGACUCAUGACAAAGAUGAAUGUGUGUUGUCUUCCUCAUUGCCUCGUGGAAUGAGCCCUGUUACACCACAUCCAGAUGUACCCGACAGGUUUUACUGGAAAUGGCUCAAUGUAGACAAUUGUAAAAGCUUAAGAGCCAGUCUACCUAUAGAUGGUCAAGAAACCUCAAGUUUAUCUUUAAUUUUACAAGCAUCCAAGGAAGGUGACCAUGAACUCAUUCAACAUUUACUACAGAAAGAACCAGCCAGUGUCCAACAAGUUGAUGUUAUUGGUCGAACAUGUUUGAUGUAUGCAGUUCAUUUUGGUCAUAACAAGUGUCUUUCAAAUCUUCUCAAUAGCAAGAUAGACAUCAACUUUCAGGCACAUGAUGGCUGCACUGCUCUACAUAUUGCUGUUCAUAGUGGAAACUAUAAGGGUUUGGAGAUGUUACUGAAGUUUGGAGCUUCUGCUGAUUUACAAGACUCUGAGGGUAGAGCCCCAUUACAUUGGGCUGCAGCAAUAUCAGAUAUACAGUGCUUGCAGCUUCUUUUGCAACAUGACAGCAUAUGUGUGAAUAUUCGUGACCUGGAUGGGCUGACUCCAGCAAUGUGGGCAUGUCGAAUGGACAACAAAAGACACUUUGAGUUGCUCAUCUCAUCAGAUAACAAUAUUAUUGAGGAGCUAGAUGGUAUUGAGAGAGAUACAGCAGGAAAAACGUGGAUUCAUUGGGCUGUUCGGAAAGAACCACCUCUGCAAUGUCUGCAGAGUUUAAUCUCACCAGAAACAUCAGCAAUGCAAGAUGCAGAGGGGAAAACUGCCAUGCACACAGCAUCAGAAACAGGAGCUAUACAAGCCUGUAGAGUCAUCCUAGACAAUGGAGGGGAUUCGUGUUUGAAUGCUGUAGACUUUCAAAGCAGAACAUGUGUACACCUAGCUGCUUUGUCAGCUCACGGUGAAGUUCUUCAUUUGCUGCUGGAAGAAGGAGCGGAUGUAUGUAGGAAGGAUAAGUGGAAUGCAACUGCAUGGGAUUAUGCAUGUAAUAAGAAUCUACACUACUGUAAGUUAAUUUUACAGUCAUUUGAGACACAGCUCAAGAGCAGAAAGAGAAACUCACAGGAACCAAAAGAAGAAAACAACAACUCUGCGGUUUUACAAGCAAGGUCUGUUUCUCCAUGCCCUCCUACUGGACCACGUUCUUAUUUACACAACAUACCUGUAUCCAAAAGAGGAACCCAAUCAAGAGGUGUGUUAUCUGUGGAGCUGCAAUCUCCAGGAAUUGAAGGAAUUGGCUUUGGUGGGGAAGAGGCUGAAGUUCAUGAAGAUAGCACAGGAGAAAGGGAAAAAACUCACAGUGUGGAAAUAUAUCCUGAACAACAAGCACAUUGCAAUGCAAUUACUGAAUCCAGAGAUUGUGCCAUAAUAAACAAGGAUAUGCAGCCCUCUGAUCAGUUGCAAAAGGAAGAUGAGGAAUCUGCAUUUGAAGAGCCUAAUGAAGGGUAUUUAGUAACCGAGGUGAGGUUGGCCAGUGUUUCAAGUGACAUGAGUGAACAAAGUGUUAAUGUAGGUAUGAAUGUAUCAGACUGUGAAGAGGAGGAACAUGACCACAUAGACACUACUGCAACGGCUCUUCAAAAUGUUAAGAUUGAAGAGCAACUCCCUGUUACAAUGGUUUCUAGACAUGACAAGUCAAAUGCACACCUGAUAUGCCAUGCGAUCAAUGAACACCCUCCGCGUCCAGUUACUCCUGGACUAAAUCCUCUACGCACAGCAUCACCUAAACCAGCACCCCAGCCACAGUUUACUCCAGCAGUCAAACCUCAGCCAAUGAUACCCUCAUCAUCAACACGUCUGCUACCUCUGGCAAAAAUUGGAAAGGGAAGCAGCAAGGAAAUGCCAAAGAGUAGAAAGAAAAAGAAAAAAGAUAAUGGAGGAGAUGGACAAGUUCGUCAACUAGGACCAACAAAGAAGACAACUCGUGGCUUUCACCCUCAGUCUCCCGCUGCACCAGACGAGGACAAGCAAGUGUUCCGGAUCUCUAGAUUCAAUGCAAGUCAAGGCUCACAAAUAAAGUCACAAGGAUCUGCAUGGGAGAUGUCAUGGGAGCCAAGACGUCCAUCUACUCCAACAUUACCACAUUCACCCAGACAGCUGAAACAACAAGUUGUUGGCCAAGAAGCACAGCAUCCUAGGGAAUUCAAAAGAGGGCAUCCUCCUUCUACCACAAAUCCUAACAAACGGCUGUGAAAUGAAGAUCAAUGUGUUGCAACAAUUAAUCUAGAGUGAAAAGUACUAAAUGUGAAAUUCCAACUCAUUUGCAGAAUAUUACUGAUGACCCAUCACUCAGCCUCUGGAUCACCCCAGCAUCCACACCAUUGAAAGGACUCCAUACCCUUCUGCAUAUUAUUCUAGAGUGGGAUCUAUACUUGUCCCUGCUUUUGGACUUAAAUUGAUGAAGGGGUUGAAGGUAUUUACCUUACCUGGGGUUGAUUUCACAAAGAACUUCAGACAAGGAGAUAUAACAAACUUAAGACUCAUCCUAACUCGAGACAAGGCUAAUCCUAACUCUUUAUGAAAUCCACCCCUGAUACAAAUUUACACAUAAU